AUGCUUAUUGUUUGCUUAUAUGUAGAUGAUCUUAUAUUCACUGGAAAUUGUGAUGUUAUGUUUGAAGAAUUUAAGAAGUCUAUGAUGAAUGAGUUUGAAAUGACUGAUCUUGGUAUGAUGCAUUACUUUCUUGGCAUAAGUGUAGCACAAUCAAGUGAUGGAAUUUUUAUUUCUCAAAAUAAAUAUGUGGAAGAUAUUCUAGACAGGUUUCAAAUGAAGGAUUGUAAUCCUGUGCACACUCCAGUUGAAUGUGGCUUGAAGUUACAUAAAGAUCAUGGAGGAAAAAAGGUUGACAGCACCUUCUACAAACAAAUUGUGGGAAAUUUGAUGUAUCUCACUGCAACAAGACCAGACAUAAUGUAUUCUGUGAGUUUAAUUAGCAGGUAUAUGGAAAAUCCUACAGAAAUACAUUUGUUGGCUGCCAAGAGAAUCCUUCGCUACUUGCAAGGAACAAGAACUUUCGGGAUAUUUUACAAGAAGGGUGUAAAAUCUGAUUUAGUGGGAUUUACUGACAGUGAUUAUGCAGGAGAUCAAGAUGACAGGAAGAGCACAUCAGGUUAUGUUUUUAUGAUUGGUACAGGUGCUAUUUCUUGGGCAUCGAAGAAGCAACCAAUUUUCACUUUGUCAAGCACAGAAGCUAAAUUUGUUGCUGCUACAGCUUGUGCAUGCCAAGCCAUUUGGCUAAGGAGAAUUCUUGAAGAACUUCACUUCAAGCAAGAAUGA